UGUUUGCAAUGGCGCUCCUCCCGCGACGAUCAAAUAUCUGCUGCUGCUUCUAGCGAUCGCGUCAACUGCCUCUGCCCGUCGUGCGUGCGACCGACGAAAAGGAUGCUUUGGCCUGGUGACAUUCUCCAUCUUGCCUCGGGCGCCACUCCUCCCUUAUGCCGACCCCAGAAACCAUUCGAGCCCCCAAGGAGUCCUGGAUGUUUUCUAAGGAGCUCUCUUACACAGAAAAAUGGAGAUACCGUUGCCUUUGCAACUUGCGCCGCAGCCUUCCAUGUCCCUGGUGGACCUCGGCAAGCAGCUGCUCGAGUCUGCGAGAAACGGGGAGACGGAAGAAGUGCGCGAACUCAUGACCAGCGGGGCCCCCUUCACCACAGACUGGCUGGGCACGUCUCCACUGCACAUGGCAGCGCAGAACGGCCACCUGUCGACGGCGGAGGUGCUGCUGCGGGCGGGCAUCAGCCGGGACGCUCGCACCAAGGUGGACCGCACCCCGCUGCACGUGGCUGCCCAGGAGGGUCACCUGGAACUGGUGGAGCUGCUGCUCAAGCACUCGGCCGACAUCGAGGCCAAGGACAUGUUGCGGAUGACGCCGUUGCACUGGGCAGUCGAGAGGGGCCACCUGGACGUGAUCAACUGCCUGCUGCGCUGGGGGGCGGACGUGUCAGCCUGCAGCAAGUUCGACAAGUCGCCCCUCGACAUUGCGCUGGACAACGACCAGGUGGAGGUGGUGCGAGUACUGCAGGAACACAUGUGCAAUCCUUCCCGUCCCAAGGAACCGGUGCAGCAGACAUUCAUUUUGCCCGUGGCACCGGUAACGGCGAAGGUGCCCGUCUCCACUAUGGCCACGGUGCAGAGGGUGGUGAAGGCGGCCACCGCAACCACCGCAGGGGCGGCCAGCAGUCCCAGCACGCUGCAGGGCAAGGCCGGCACGACGCGCGGCGUCUACGUGCCGACCAGGGUGACCAAGCGGCCGCCCACCAUUGCCAAGGCCACGACAGCCACACCCACCGGCAUCUCCACCGAAGAAGUGAGUGGUGACCAAGGAAGCACGUCUGUCCUGGCCACCUUGGCAGCACUUGCAGAGGCCACCGCUCCCAACGCAACCUUAUCCUCGACGGAGGCGGUUCAGUGGCUGGAGACACACGGCAUCACAAUGCUUCCCGCCGACAACUCCACGAUUGUGGCGUCAGCCCUGGAAGGUGGCCAGACAAUAUCUCUCACAGAUGCAGGCAAGCUGGCCCUCAACUGGGUCAAGGACCAGCAGGCUGUGUCCAGCGAGCCCACUGGGAGCAGUCAGGUCUCACUUGCAAACAUGUCUGGUGCUGGGAACCAGAAGGUGAUUGCCAUCGUGACGGACCAGUCGCAGAUCCCGUCCAUAGUGUCGAGCGGAGGGGGACAGGCCCCCUUCAUGGUUCUGUCGAGCACCGCGCUCAAAGGCGCAGAUGGAACAACAUCACACAUGAUCAUUAAGACACCUGUGGAGCCCGCUGCCAAGCGACCCAGGAAGGUGUCCAUUUCCGAGAAAGUCAAUGGACGUCUGGCAGUGCCAGCGUCGCCAGAUGCUCAGGUGAAGGUGGAGACAGAAGGGGACCAGGAGAGGAACAAACUUCAGCGGGAACUGGAGGCCUUGAGGAAGCAGGCGGAGCAGUACAAGGUGCAGCUGCAGCAGAAGGCCCACGAGGCCGAGCAGUACAAGAAGCAGCUGGAGCAGAUGAAGUCCAGCAACUGAGGGACGUCUUCGUGAGGGCUGUGGAAAUGAGGAAGAAGAGACUGCUGUUUUGUUUAUGUACAUACCGCAAUGAAGUGAAUUUUUACAUCACAA